CAUUUGCAUUCAAAAUACGACUAAAAAUAGUUUCAAAACUUUUGAUUUGAUUUUGAGUUUAAUUUUUGAAAUUAAUUGACAUUUGAUUUGUAUUGAAGACAACGAUAUGGCGGACGACUGGGAGGUCGAGGAGGAAGAGGUGGCCUAUAAUUGGGAUUCAGAGGCGGACGUGAAACCCAAGGAAACCAAAGAAACCAAUGAUUUGUUUCCAGAAAUGAAUUUCUUUAUGAAUGAACCCAAAAGUGAUCUUAUAUUCAUAGUCGAGGGCCGAAGGGUUCCCGCAUUGAGACACGUAUUAAUGGUGGGAAGCGUUUACUUUGAGGCCAUGUUUUCGGGAAGUUUUGUCGAAACCGAUAAAAAGGAGAUUGAAAUCAAAGACACCACUUAUGAGGCGUUCAAAGCCAUCGUUUGGUACUUAUAUUCACGCGAUCUGUCGUUCAAAGACAAUGAAGGCAUUGAUUGCGAUCUCGUGUUCGAUGUCUGCAAACUGGCCGACGCUUACGGUUUGCCCCGACUUAUGAAACUAAUUGGCGAACACUUUAUUAAACGCAUGACAACUGAGAACUUGCCGUUUAUAUCGAAAAUUGCAUUCAAUUAUAACAUCAAAGAAUUGAACACAAAAGUGAAGGAAUUUAUUGAUUCUCAUUACGAGACAAUCGUUGCCAAAAACAUGGAUUACUUGACAAAUUUGGUUAUUGCAAGUGAUGGCCAUUUGUUGGCCAAAUUGGUGGCAAAGGCACGCCGACCACCACUUGACCGCAUUUUUCAUGUGCGGGAACUAUUUUGGCCAUCGAUUAUGAAGACGACAUCGCUUUCCGAUUCGUUCAAAAAGCACGACAUCUCUGGAUAUCUCAUGUCUUUAACGUGUUUUGGCUGCAAAAGUGAUCAUCAAAUCAAUGGU